GAGGGUUCGAAUACGAUGUCGUUUGUCACGCAAGUAACAGUUUUAUGGAGAUUUCUUCCUUCUGCUGGAAGUGCGACAACUCACAGAUCCUCGAAAACCCUAAAUCGGAAGCAGAGGUCAAGGUCGAUGGCAUCCUUCGCUCGCCGAGCUGUCAGCAUCGCUCAAUUUCCAUCUCGCCGGAUUCCGACUCAAACUCCCUCUAUUACUCAGCGCCGUGGUCUUGCCGGCGCCGCUGAUCACCAUGGGCCUCCCAAAGUUAACUUCUGGCAAGCACCCAUGAACCCCGCACAAUGGAAAGAGGAGCACUUUGUGCUUAUUUCGCUAUCUGGUUGGGGCUUGCUCUUCUACGGUGGAUACAAGUUCUUCACGGGAGGGAAAAACAAGAAAGAAGAGAAAGCUGUGGAGGCUACAAAAUGACUUUGACGUUUACAGGGAAGACAUUUCAUUGGUUGAACUUGAAGCUCUCUGUUUCUAUUGCAUUUGUGCUUGUUCCAGCAGUUGAACCUGCUUCUGAAUCUUAUAUGAUCUUGCUUGGUGACUGAUUUUGAAUCAAGAGCAGCAUUUAGUUGCACUGAAAUAAUAUGCAUUGCUUUUGGGGAUUAUAUGUCCCAACAGGUGAUUUUAGACA